CAGCCAGUUGAGACAUUUUGCUCAGAGUUGAGGUGGACGUCGCCUCCGCCACUAGCCACCCACCCGGCCUGAUCGGACGAUGCGAUGCAUAUUUACCUGGUGGAAGAGCCCUGAAACUAGAAGAAAGACGGAUACUCCGUUUCUAGCCUGACUGGACUGGCUGUUUGAUGGAUUGAUUGCUUGAUUGAUUGACCUACUUUGUACAUUCCAACGUGUUACUUGUCUUGUUAGUCUCGAUUGUUUCUUCUUAUUCUUAUUCUUCUUUAUCUGUCAACAUCGCCAUCGGCAUCCAUUCGGAAAGAUCAUCCUCAUUCUCCUGGCCCACACAAAGGAAUCCAGACUGCGUUCCACGCAUUCCAUGUCCAUGUUGUUGGGAUCCAAUUGAAUCGGAUUCAGGAGACACUGCGGUGCUUGCUUGACAGUUGACUGGCUGGCUAGCAAAAACGAAGCAAAAGGAAGGAACGAAAAAGGAGGGAAAGCGGAUACUCAAUCAAAAUCGUGACCCUUGGCCUGGUCAGCCCAACGCAUCAUACGCAGUCCGCUACGUAGAUUGAUCUACUAGUGUAACGACUAAGCUUGUCGACCGCCAUCUUUUAUUAUCUUUUGCCUACCGGUCCCUUGACAUAGUACCGGUUUGCCCCACUCGGCCUGAUCUCUCUAUUUUAUCGAUUAUUUCCAAAUCCUUCCAUUCCGCCCUUCUUUUUUUCGUUUCUUAUAAGGCCCAGCCUCUUUCCGUACCUUUGUCAAUACCUUUGAAAUCUACCUAUAGCAGCUCAACGACAGCCUUUGUGCGUGCGUCACAUAGUAGUGUGUUCAUUACUCCAUUUUAAUCCACUGCAUCAGCUGCCACGAGGUUUCUCCAUAUCGACCCGCUGUUAACCCCGGCAACUAAGCGAUUGGGUGGAAUUUUCGGCUUGCUUUAACUCCCAGGAACAGAACCCACAAGGUUACAAGCUGGGAGCUCUGGAAGGUCUUCAUCUAGGCUCAGCCACGGGGGAAAUAAACGAAGCAGCCCCCUUUGGUUGCCGUGGAAGGGAGCAGGUCAUCCACGACUUGCACCAGAUACUGACCGAGCCUCAUAAGCCGGGAGAGGUACCCAGUCAUUGAUCAAUCGGUGUCGAUCUUCUUUUUACAACUCCAAACUCAAAAAAAACAAACAUAUCCACUCAUAAUAUACCCAACCCCCUUACUAUUACUACUACCUCGGUUUCUGAGAACCCCCUCCUCCGAAUCCGGCAACAGCAACAAUAACAAAACACCAGCACUUCGAGCCUUGGAGACUUCGAGAGGCCAAUCUUUCAAUUUUGGAAACAAUGACAGACGCCUUAUAGUUGUACACCUUCAAUAUGUUUCUCCACUCAGGAGCAAGCCUUCACGGGCACGAGUUUUCUUUAAAGUCAACGUCUGCGGAAGCUCAGGCCGGCGCGCGUCGGUCGCCGCUGCUGUUCUCGCCCUUCCGCCCUUCACCCACACGCGCCUCGACGGCCCCGGUCACCACCGACUCCCCCCAGCUGCGAUCAUGUCUACCACAGCAAAGGCCAGAGCUCCGGAAGCGAUCCCCCACGAUAGAAGAACCGGUCGUUCGCUUUCACGAGCCCCUGGUGGUUGAGGAGAUCAAGCUGGACUCGGCGAAUGCCACCGUCACUGUUGCUUCGUCUGUCACGGAGGGCGAUGGCUCGUGCUCCGAGGCGGAGGGUAGUGAACUGGGGAGGACCCUGGCUGUCCGCGUAGCAAAGAGCGCGGGAAGGAGACGCCAGAAACAAUCACGGCGGACCAACACCUUUUGUAUAGCCAGGCCGCCGCCACGGCUUGUCAAGAAGAGGUUGAUGCAACAAAUCAGACCCAAGCUGUUGUUGCAGCUACACCACAUAUCAGCAGACCGACGCCCCACCCCGGUCCUAGACGUCUUCCCCGCUGCCACCAUCGACAGCCCUGUUGUCGGUGGAAGGCUAGCUGUCAGGUUUCCCCGGGUCUUUGGCGUUGGGAGCAAGGGUGCGACCCUGGGGUCGCAAGAUGUGAUACUCUUCCGCAGUGAGGAGUACUGCAGCACGUCAACUUGCGGGAGCACCACCGACGUUCCGACAGACGACGGCAGCUUGAGCCGCAGGGAUCUAGUGGCUGUGCUCAGCCCGCUACGUCGUGAGGAUCGGACCGAAAUCGUCCUGAGCGACGGCAACGUUUGGACUGCUAGGCGCCUUCCCAACGGCUCGUUCGAGUUCCAGCACACCGACGACGACGGAUCUAUCAAGACGGCACGCUGGGUCAAGAGGGGCGGAAGCGGCACAAUGAGCCCAAGCACGGUGUCGAUUCGGGAGUUUCCCGGGUCGGACUUCGGCAGCCCUGUCAGCCUUUCCAGCUGCGGAACCUUUGGGCCUACCGAGUACAAGUACACAUUCAGUGUCAUAGACCCCACGAUGCGCCGGCAUCCAAUCAUAGCGUCGCUGACGAGGGAUGCACUCAACAUCAACGAGUCCUACACCACCAUCUGUGCCAAGCCGGCAUCGACCGAGAAGGACGAUGAUUCCGGAGACGAAACCGAAGCCGAGGAGCCUGUCACCAAAUCCGAGCGCCGAACCCUCCCCGUGGACGAAAACCUGCGCAGCUUGAUAUCCAUCACGGGUCUCUGGGUCACGCUUUGCCUCGACGGAGUCAUGCCAGCCAUGGACGCCACACGCGCAAACGGGCAGUCCCGCUCCCGCAGCGGCUCGUUGAAUUCUCAACAGACCAGCCCGCUCGGGUCGCCGAACCGUCGCCAGACCAUCUCGUGCGCGCCGGCCAGCAGCGACUCGUGCCAGCCCGUCACCCUACCCCAGAGGGCGACGAGCACCGGGGCGGCCUACAUGCAGCGCCGCAUCCAAAUGUCAGACGCCAGCGACUCGGAGCGUUCGGCCAGCCGGAGCAACAGCAAAGGGCGCCGGGUUCUGAGGGGCCACUUUGCGUGCCGGCAGGCAAGCUUCGGCCAGACGUCCACGGCUCCCGGCAGCGACGGUGCAUCGACGCGCCCUUCCUCCAGAGACGGGAAGCUCGCGGAUCCCACGCCGGCCAUGUUUGUCACCAGGCACAAGCGAUCGGCAUCGGGCGAGGUCAUGCCGACCGCACCCAAGGAACCCCAGCAGGGCAGGAGGGUGCAGUCUGCAUUCUACGCCACCACGCCCAUCAAGGUCCCGGAACAUGAAGACGACCACUACGACGCGGACCUUGCCGGUCUGGCCUUGCAGACCACCAAGCCCGAGGCUAAUGAAGAGGCGGUAGAACAGAACGCUUUAGCCAGGAAGUGGAAGAAGUUUGGACAGUGGAUGCGCCGGUUCGGGCGAUAAGGGGUUGCAGUGCCUAGCCCCGCACGCCGGUGGUUUUUGUCCUUUGGGACUACCUGUCGAGAUGAUAACGAGCCCUAGCCGUUUUUUUGUUUUGGACAUGGGAAGUUUGUCUACGGGAUUUCAAGGCUUUCAGAAAAAGUUUGACUACAGAGUACAAGGGCAGCCCUGUCAGAGGCGCCUUGAUCUAACUUUCAUUAUUUGUUCAUACGAUACCAUUCCGUUUCCUUUUCAAAUCAAACACGCUCCUAGGCAGAGUAACCUUUUUCUGUAUCUAGUUGAGUAAUUUAUUGUUAAAGCAAACAAAUUGCUAUUACAAAAC